GCCACUCCGGACGGUCGUUCAGGACAGAUCAGCCUCUUUGGGAAUGGGACCACAAAUCACAAGCAAGACAAACUUUUCUUUCUUUCGGAUCAUCCCACUUCGAAAGCAUCUCUUCCCUCAAAGGGAAUGAACUUUCAAUAUUAUUCUUUUUUUUAAACUGAAAGGGGGAAACAGGUGUCAGAGAAAUUACAAAUGGGAUAAAAUAGGAGUGGUGCGUCUUGACAACGGCAUGUCGCCUGUUUUAUUCCAUUUUGACUUUUGAAAGUUUUUCUGACAUGCUUUAAAGAGAGGUGUGGAGAUCCCGUGAGCUCAAUCCCAGAAGAAAGCAGCAGGAAGUCUUUUGUUGAAGGCAGAGAGGUUUGUCUGGAAGGUUUAUGGUUCACAUCACACUCAUCAUGGCCAAGUGGUUCAAGGAGUUUCCCAUCAAUCUGAAGAACGGUACCGACAGGAUCCGCUCAGCCUCCGAGUCUGGCUCUCAGCCCAGAGCCAGCAGAGCCGGCCUGGUGUGCAGCAUCGGUACCAGAACAUCCGCCUCCAGGACGGGGAGCCGCAAGAACUCCUCCACAGACAGUCCGGCGGCUGGAGGAGGCGGAGGGGGGUCGCUCAUGUCCGGGAAGAACCGAAAGAACUCGGCCGCAGAGCUGAGCAGGAACGGAGUGAGCCCCCAGAAGGACGGCAAGGUGUGGGACGGACUCCUGUCCGGGAAAAGCCGCAAGAACUCCAGGUCCGAGCCGGUGUUUGAGGAGCAGCACAGACCCCUGAAGAGCUCCCCAUCCAGCUCCUACAUCAGCCGGAUGAUCCGGGUGGACACGCAGGACAAGAGCCCCAACUUCAACAGCGGUACCAUCAGCAGCAGCAGCAGCAGCAGCAGCAGCACCGUGGUACCUGAAGGCGACAAAGCAGCUCAGAGCAAGAACGAAACAGUGAUCAUUCUUGAGGAUUACGCGGAUCCCUUCGACGCCCAGAAGACGAGGGAGCAGAGGGAGGCGGAGCGGGUCGGGGAGAACGACGGCUACAUGGAGCCCUACGAUGCCCAGCAGAUGAUCACCGAGAUCAGACGCCGUGGAUCUAAGGACCUGCUGAAGGUGUGUGUGCUGGUGGAGGGGAGCGAGGGCCCGGCGGCCGACGGGCAGCCGGCUCCUUUACAGAUCUACGACACCCCGUAUGAAGGCGGCGGUGACGGCGAGAAGACGGCGGUCACCCGUCCGGAGCUGGACACCCGCCCCUCCGCCGAGUACGAGCUGCCCUGGGAAUGGAAGAAGGAGCAAAUCGUGAAAACCUUAUCAGCGCAGUUUGACGGCGCUGCGAAAGAUGAGACGCUCCACCCCACGCUCACCAGACAGCCUCAGCAUCCGGGCGCCCAGCCGCCGCCGCCGCCGCCGCCGCAGCAGCAGCAUCUGAGGCAGAAGAGCUGGACUCAGAAGAUCCUGAGGUCGUCUCCUCCCACCCUGUUGGGCUGCUCCACCCUCAGCAGCUCUGAAGCAGAGGCCUGCUGUGUGGAUCCAUCCCUGCCCCUGGAAAAACAGAGCUGGUACCACGGCUGUGUGACUCGCCAGGAGGCAGAGUUUCAGCUGCAGACCUGCAGGGAGGCCAGCUUCCUGGUCAGGAACAGCGAGUCGGACACCAGCAAGUACUCCAUCGCCCUCAAGACAAGUCAGGGAUGUGUUCACAUCAUUGUCGCUCAAACAAAAGAAAACGGCUACACCCUGGACCAGAGUAGCUGCGUGUUCCCCAGCAUCCCAGAGGUGGUGCACCACUACUGCACCCAGCGCCUGCCGUUCACCGGAGCAGAGCACAUGACCCUGCUGCACCCGGUGCCUCGCAUCCACUGACUGACCCCCGACCCCCACCUCGCCACACAGACCACAACCUCACACAACACACACAGUCUCUUCAAGAACACCCCAACUAUGUUCUUUCCAGCGGCUCCACCCAGUGACUGUGACUUUGUGCUGUUUGUUUACUCCAGUGUGCAGCUCAUGCAAAACAUCCAAGCGGCUGUUUUGCAUGGGAUUAAUCUCAGCAGGAAGAACGAGGCACUUUUGCUACUGGAAUGGAGACA